AAACGUGGUGGUGGAGAGAAUAGGAAUUUCUCCUCCUCUUGUUUUUCUUUCUUAUUGCUGCUACCGCUUUAUUUCGUUGUCUCCUUCUCUCAACAAACAAACAAACCCCUUUGCACCUUUCUUCUGAUUCUCCUUCUCCUCUGAAACUCUCUCACCUUGCGUUUUUACGAUCCUCACUCAAACGUCGCCGUUUCCUCUCCGAUUCCUAAAUUCUUCUUUAUAAAUUCCAUACUCUCACCUUCAUUUCCAUACUUCUGUCAGAAUCUUCUUCACGAUCAUACACUUUCUUCGUCUUUUCUUUUCGGUUUCUUGGUGCUGUUGGUGUAUUGUACAUCAUUAUUUCUACUUGUUCUGAUGGUGUUAUAGGUCCAUUUCAAUCUUGGAUUAACGGGGAGACUAUAGAACUGACGAGUGACAACUUUGGCAUGUCCAAUAUACUCAGGACAUAUGAGCAUUAUAUGCCGCAAUUAUGGAGUGUUGUAAGCCGACUUCAUAUAGGAAGAAGGUAGUGAAUUAUUUGCAGAUCUGAGUCAGUUACGGUGUCUAUUUUGACACAGAGAUUCCAAGUGACAGUAAUGGGGCAUAGGCAUGUAUAUAACACAUCUCCAUUGUUUGAGGGUGAGCCUGAUCAGAACUGGAAUCAUAUGCACAUUGAUCAACACUAUGUGCACCUUGGUAGAACUAGCACUUCAGAGAAUGGUUCUUUUAUUUAUCCUGCGGACAAUAUGUCUAUAGAUAACACUUCUUUCCCCUCUCAUUGGAACUCUUCCACAAGGUCAAAUGGAUAUGCAUCCUCAGGUCACAACAUUGAUGUACCUCCUCAUCAGCCAGAUGCAUCAGGCACUUCUAAUAAUGAUCAUUUUGUGCAUUCGUCUAAUGCUGGAGCAUUCUUUACAGUGUCAGAUAAUCACGUACACCAACCUUCUUCUUCCAAUUAUGACAGACAUACAUUUAAUGUUGAUAGUAGUUUUGUUGAUCUUACAAUGGGAAGUGGACAAGGGCCUCACAAGCGUAAGAGCCCUGGAAUUUCUCCAGUCUACGAGAGAGGCAGUACAAGUAGAUACUUCAAUGCUGGAAGUUCAACUGAUCUUCCUAUAUCUUCGGAAUUAUGGCAGGAUAAGCCAAAUAUUGAUUCUCAAUAUAUGCACUGGGAUCAUUUUACUAUGACACCCACAUUCAGAGGUACUGGCCUUUCAAUAAAGGGUGAGGGUUCUUUGCGGAAUGUGAGGAGCCGCUCUACACUUGAUUUGGACUCCAACCCAUCAAGGACCCAUUUAUCCACUAAUCAUUCUCACACUUCCUACCCUACUCUCCCACCAGUAGACCAUUCUAGUUUGGUGGAUGUUUCUGGUCAGACUUCUACAUUGACAAGGGAUUGGAGCCAAAUGAACAUAUCUCCAGCAAAUGGAAGGGUUUUAUUACCAGAUACAAGUGCUUUUGGUCUUGAGACAAGUCAUUUCCUUGUUGGAAGUGGGGCUACUGUUGGCAAUGCUUCUGUGGAUGUUGGGUGCUUCCAUCAUGGUACAAGCAGAAAUCCUGCUCCUACUCAAAGUUUUCAAAAUAAUCAAACUCAGAAUGCUAGGGGAAUUCAAAGCAACUAUUCUCAGAGAUCCACUCCAACUUUUGGGGCUUCUUCAAGCUUGCGCAUGGGACAUUUGACAUCUUUGGAUGAAGGAUUGCCUAUGAUAGCUGAAAGUUACUCUUCUAGACAUCCAAGGCCAUUGAGCACCCUUGGCUGGCGGAAUGGUGAUAGAAAUGGGAGGUCAAGAAUUUCAAGUCAAAGAUAUCGCACAUUGACUGAGGAGAGUGGUCUUGCCGAACGAUUUGCCUCUGAGGGUUUCUUGGUUAUUGAGCGUGCAUCGGUGUAUGAUUCCAGGAAUAUGCUUGAUCAGCACCGAGAAAUGAGAAUGGACAUAGAUAACAUGACUUAUGAGGACCUACUUGCACUAGGUGAAAGGAUUGGCAAUGUGAACACAGGACUCUCUGAGGACAUGUUUUCCAAAUGUUUGACGGAAACAAUAUAUUGUUCAUCUGAGCAAAGUCAAGAUGAAGGAAACUGCGUGAUAUGUCUGGAAGAGUACAAGAACUUGGACGAUGUUGGAACACUUAAAACUUGUGGACAUGACUACCAUGUGAGCUGCAUUAAAAAGUGGUUAUCUGUGAAGAAAUUAUGCCCUAUCUGCAAAGCUUCUGCAUUGGCUGAGGAUACAAAGGAUAAAUAACUUGUAGUGUAGCAUAAUUAAUAUCAUUGUAUAUAUAUUUCGAGACAUCCUUUCAAAUGGAGGAAACAACCUUGCUUUCGAAAUGUUGUAAGAGGAAUGCUACUUUAUGUCAAUGGAUUUGAUUUAUUUUCGGCUUCGAUCUCAAUUACUCGAAGCCUUGAAA